GGCUCCAGCCUGGUGCGUGGACCAGUGAGGGGGUGCGGGCUCGGCCCCGCCCCGCGCGUCCCCGCCGCGGCCAGUGCGCGCUCCCGGGAGGCAGCGGAGGCAGCGGCAGCUCCAGCAGCGUUCGCAGCAGCCCCGGGCUAUCUUGGGCAGGGCCGGCCGGCGGACAGACUGACAGAGGGCGCCAGGGGUGCGCGGCCCGCUGGGGCCAGCCAUGGAAGGAGCUUCGUUUGGCGCGGGCCUUGCGGGGGCCGCCGUAGACCCCGUGAGCUUCGCGAAGCGGCCCCAGACCCUGCUUCGGGUCGUGUCCUGGGUGAGUGGCCGCUGUCCCGGUGGCGCUCACCUGAAGGCCCUGCACCGGUUCCGUCUGGGCACGACAAUGUCGAUCUUUGCCACCGAACAGCUGGGCACCGGGGCGGGCCAAGGACUACCCUGGCUACCCAGUGGGGCAGCGGGUGUGGAGGGCCCCGAGACCUACCAGAGCCCGCCCUUCACCGAGACCCUGGACACCAGCCCCAAAGGGUACCAGGUGCCCGCCUACUAGUGGCUGGCAGCCCAGACCAGGGCUGGAAGGCUGCCCCACCGAUGCCAGGCCCGAGGCCUCCUGGGACCUCCCUCAGGUCCUCCUGGCCCAACUCCAGGGAUGGAGGGGUGGCCACUGUGGGCCGUCUGGGGCCAAGAGAGGGUAGCCCCCAGGGUGCCUGGGCUGUACC